AUGCCGCCCCUUGCUCGGCGGUGGGGAGCGGCACUGCUCAUUGCUUGUGUCACUUGCUUCAUGCUUUUUACUUCGCACCGCAACCUCGAGUUGGCCAGGCUCAACUUCUCCUCCUCCUCUUCCUCCUCCGCUGAUGCAGGGCCGGACUCGGACUGGGGAUCACCCCCGGUAUCUAUACGUGAUAGGCUGCAGAAACCUCCCCAGCACCCCGUCACCAAGAUGAGACAGCUGCCGACAGGGCCCCCUUCGAGACUGCCCACAGUACAGACCACCUUCGGCCCGGAGUCUGACAAUGACCGAAAGGUACGCCUCGAGAGACAAGCUGCCGUCAAAGAUGCCUUUCUUCGCUGCUGGAGCUCGUAUCGCACCAAGGCAUGGAUGAGUGACGAGCUGGAGCCAGUUAACGGCGGCCGAAAGGAUACCUUUGGAGGAUGGGGAGCAACACUAGUUGAUAGCCUUGACACGCUAUGGAUCAUGGGUUUGAAGGAUCAGUUCUACGAGGCCGUUGCUGCGGCAGCCAACAUCAGCUUCGAGACCACCUCGCGAGCCGAAAUCAACGUCUUCGAGACAAAUAUCCGGUACCUAGGCGGCUUCCUCGCCGCAUACGACCUCAGCGAAGACAAGAGGUUGCUGCAAAAGGCCAAGGAGACGAGAUGGAAUUUCCAUGACGCUUCCCGUGGAGAGCGACAAGUCGCCCAUGAUGCUGUCCUCCUUGCCGAGAUUGGGUCCUUCUCUCUCGAGUUCAUUCGUCUCUCUAUGUUGACGGGUGAUCCCAAGUGGUUUGAUGCUGUGCAAAAUAUCAUGGAGGCUCUCCAGAAACAACAGCAAAAAACACGUCUUCCCGGCAUGUGGCCUGUCGUAGUCGAUGCAAGACGGAUGGACUUUGGCAGACACAACCAUUACACGCUAGGUGCAAUGGCCGACUCGCUCUACGAAUACCUCCCCAAGACUCAUGCCCUUGUCGGCGGCUUGCUUCCAAUGUACGCCGACAUGUACAAUGCAGCUAUGGAUACAGCCAUUCGCUACAACCUCUUCCGUCCUAUGGUGCCUGAUCAGAAAGACAUUCUAAUGACGGGCAUGGUCCUGGUCGGGUCAGAGAAUGGAAAGAGAGUGACACAGAUGCGUCCAGAAGGCCAACAUCUCGCUUGUUUUACCGGCGGAAUGCUUGCUCUCGGAGGCAAACUCGUUCAGAAUGACACCCAUAUCCACAAGGGAGAGCAGCUCAUGGACGGGUGCGUGUGGGCGUACAAAUCCAUGCCCUUGGGUAUAAUGCCCGAGGUCUUCCACGUACUACCCUGUGACUCGACCGAUCACUGUCCAUGGGAUGAGGAAAAAUGGAAGUUGGCCGUCGUUGAAGCGGCUGGCUGGGGGCUGUCCGAGAAUAAAGAAAAUGAUUUGCAUAAAGCGAACAGAAUCAUCAACCACAAAAGGCUACCUCAAGGUUUUGUCUCGAUUCCAGACGCGCGCUAUAUCCUUCGCCCCGAGGCCAUCGAGAGCGUCUUUCUCCUUUACCGCAUGACGGGUCGCCGUGACCUUCCAGACUCAGCCUGGGCCAUGUUCCAGGCCAUUGACUCCAACACCAGGACCGAACUGGCCAACUCGGCGCUGCUCGACGUUACCGUAAAGGGGGGGAAACCACCCAUGAUCCAUUCCAUGGAGAGCUUCUGGCUGGGAGAGACACUCAAGUACUUCUAUCUCAUGUUCAGCGAGCCGGAUCUCAUCAACCUCGAUAAAUUCGUCCUCAACACAGAGGCACAUCCAUUCAAGCGCCUUAUUCCGUGACCUGGAACCCUUCACACCUUCGCGCGUGCCACGCCACUAGAUUCACAGGUCCUGCGUCACGGAAGCGGCUCGGUAUACCUACAAACACUGCUGGAGGACUCGUAAUGCUUCUUCAUUUCAACUAAUGUCUAAUUAAACUAAUUGAAUGGUUAC